AUGUUUACAAUGGAAGCAGAGCCAGUGAUAGUAACACUUCAAAUUCGUGAAAGUUGGACUCGUCGGAGGUACACGUUGCCACCAUUGAAAACGCACAAUUUCCGACAUAAUUACAGAAACGCGGAGGCGACUUCUAGUAAAGAUGAGAAAGAUCCGGAGUUUUACUCUCCCAAGUUAAAUGGCAGCGAAAGCUCUAUUGGUACUAGAUCGACUUCUAGGAGGGCUUUUGCAGCUGUAGAGGUGGGGAAUUUUAACGGGUCUACUUCAAAUUCUUUGUCCACUUACUCUUCAUUGGUAACUGUUUCCGGGUCCGCAUCUCCAGUUAGAUCCAUGUCGUUGAGCGUUUCUCCGGCGCUUAGUUUGAGCUCGAGAAAUUCGAUGUUCAAGUCGCCAGACUUGAUCGAGAUUCAGAUGGCUCCAACGCUGAUGCAAAUGACAAUGGCGUUAGAGCCUGCUCCUAGUAGUUUGGUGCUGAGGGAAUCUAUGUCGUCUUCGCCGUCAAGUUCAUCGUCACCGGAGACAAUGGUGUCAGAGCUUGCUCCUAGUGGUGGUGACCGAAAGUUUUGUUCAUUUACUUUUGUGAACUGGGUUUUGGUAGGGGGGUUGGGGUGA